AUGAAUACUAUGAAUACUAUGAAUACUAUGAAUACUAUGAAUACUAUGAAUACUAUGAAUAGUCCGGAGUUAUAUUUGACACCUAGUUAUGCAGCAAUAAUUGGACAAGAGUUUAAAUUUUUUGAUAACAUUGAGGUUAACUCGGAAACAGGGCUUCCGACCAACAUUUCUCGGUAUGCACAGCAAGCAAUGAGGAAUGGGAAAGUUCCUAUUGAAGUUGAUUAUGCAUGUGCAUCAACAUUAUUACGGUUACAUCGGCGGACUCCUGUUGUUGAUUGUGCACGGGAUGCUUCAGAGUCUUGGUAUGAUAUGGAAGAGGAAGAGGAAGAGGAAGAGGAAGAAGAAGAAGAAGGAAUGAUAAGUAAGGAAAGAGAAGAUAAAGAAGAAGAUGCAUUUAUCAAGUUUGAAGAAGAUGGGAAUUAUAAAAGGGAAAUUAGAGGUAAAGGAUCAGGGACUGGAUGGGCAUUGGAAGAUAAUGAUCCUGAAGAACGGUACAUUUUAAAAAGACACCGGGUACGAGUGAGCCGACGAUUAGGGACACCUCAAGCCAAUGAGGUGAUGAUAACUCGGGCCAGUGAUCAGCAGUUGCAGUUACAGCAACAACAACAGCAGCAGCAGCAGCAGUUACAGCAACAGCAACAACAACAACAACAACAACAACAACAGUUACAGCAUCAGCAUCAGCAUCAGCAUCAACAAUAUCGGCGUCAUUAG